UUCAUGUGAAGAUUUAGAGAUAUAACCUUCUUGUGUGCCAACUAAUGAUUGCUUUGUUUUUAGGUGCCUUAGCUGGACCAAUUGUUGAUCCACAUGUGACAGCAGUUUGGGGGAAGAAGGUUGCACUGAAAUGCAUAAUUGAUGUAAAUGAAACAAUAGCACAAGUUUCUUGGGAGAAGAUACAUGGUAAAAGUUCACAGACUAUUGCUGUUCAUCAUCCCGAAUAUGGAAUAUCUGUUCAAGGAGAAUACCAAGGAAGAGUGUCAUUUAAAAACUACUCACUUACUGAUGCAACAAUCAUCUUAAAAAAUGUAAGCUUUUCUGAUGCAGGAGAAUAUAUUUGCAAGGCAGUUACAUUCCCACUUGGAAAUACACAGUCAUCAACAACUGUAACAGUACUAGUUGAACCUGUUGUGACCUUAAUGAAAGGACCAAACCCUCUAAUAGAUGGUGCAAAUAGGACAAUAGCAGCCACUUGUAUAGCAGCCACUGGGAAACCUGCUGCAGAGAUUGACUGGGAAGGAGGUCUUGGUGAAAAGGAAUCCAGCUCCAGUGUGUUUCCAAAUGAAACGGUAACAGUUGUAAGUCAGUAUAUGAUUGUCCCUACACGAUUUGCAAGAGGAAGACUUAUAACUUGUAUUGUGCGGCAUCCUGCUUUGGAAAAGGAGAUGAGAUUCCCUCAUGUGUUGGAUAUACAGUAUGCUCCAGAAGUUUCAGUAACUGGCUAUGAUGGAAACUGGUUCAUUGGAAGAGAGAAUGUUCAGCUCAGAUGUAAUGCUGAUGCAAAUCCAUUACCUAUGGAAUUUAUGUGGACCAGGUUGGAUGGACAAUGGCCUGAAGGAUUGCUAUCUGUCAACAAUACUCUGCAGUUCAGCAGCCCGUUGACUUACAACUACACUGGGACUUACAUCUGUAAGGUGACUAAUUCCCUUGGUCAGAGAAGUGAUCAGAAGACUAUCUACAUAUUAGAUGUGCCAUUUAAGCAGACAUCUUCUGUUGCUGUAGCAGGGGCUGUGAUUGGAGCAGUCCUUGCUCUUUUUAUCAUUACCAUCUUUGUGACGGUGCUGCUGACCCCGAGGAAAAAAAGGCCAUCCUAUCUUGACAAAGUCAUUGACCUUCCACCCACUCACAAACCAUCCCCGUGUGAGGAGAGAGCAUCUUCUGUACCACAGAAAGAAGCUAUGCUUCAGAAAGAACAUUUUGCUUUGCAAAACCAGUACAGAGAGACAGAUGCUGGAAACUUGCAACACAUGAAAUUUGUGAAUGGAAGGCAACUUGCUUGUGAGGCUGAAGAGCCACAGGAACAAGAAGGUCUUCAGGAUAUGUAUCCUGUUUAUCAGCAAACAUACUACAAAAAUUGGAGCAGCAGAUACCCGCAAAACUCAGGACCUGGAAGAGUCUACAUCAAUCCAAGGGAGCAUUAUGUAUGAUUCUAUACCCACAUGUCUUAACUUUAAGAUAUGAGGGUUUUAAUACCUAUUGACUCUAUGACCCCUAUGUCUUACUGGAUUUCAUCUCUAAAAUAUUUUGGUUUUUUUCCUGUUGGAAGAAAUUGCAUGGAGAUUUUUAUAUAGGUAAACCCUAUGGAAUUUAAGGCUCUACUUGCUUUCUUUCUAGCCUUUACUAUGUAUUUGUUCUUGUAGUAAUAGCAACCUGCCAAAAGAGUUUAGCUUUAUUAACCUUCAUAGUCAUGAGAUGUAUAAAUUAGACGAAUUGGUCGACACAUGGCCAAAGGUCAUGUCAGCUGUUUCCCUGAUUAUUUCUGCAAGCAUUCUCACUGAAUGAAUAUUUUACAGUAACCUUCCCUAUGUAAAAGUGAGCAAGAGUAGAUAUGAGCAUGACAGUUGAAUCCCUGGUGACAUAAACAGUCUCGGGCUGAUAGUAAUUUUUUUUCAUCUUAGAAAACUUGGGAUAAAUACCACUUUGACUGGCUUUAGCUAUUGAUUUCUUAACUAGCUCUACCUCUCAGUCAAAUGAGCAACGAGACUACCUCUCAAAUACUGACUUGCUGUUUCAUAACCUAUGUUGUGUGUUUUCCCCCCCUUGUUGAAAGUGAAGCAAUUUCCUUACACUGGAAACUUUGUUUUAUAUUGAUCCUGGAUGUCAGUUGAUGUACUUGGUGGUUGUAGUUUCACAACUGGGAAACUUAGUUGCAGGAAGUAGAUGACUAGACAGUCAAAACUUCCUGAAAGCGUCUUAUGUGUAGCUUCAUCUUACUACAAGUUGCUAUUUAGCUAUUUUUCCAAGUAUGACUCCCAUGUUAAAUCUUGCAGUGUUUGUUCUUGCUUGGUAAUAAAUACAUUUCAUGUUUUUUGGUUUCUUCUCAUUUUGCAGUUAUACUGCCUAUGAUGUGUUCUUACGUCUUAGCAAGAAAAGGAAAGCUUCAGUAGACUUAAGGUGGUUUUCAGCACUGUCGUUUAAUCUUAACCAGUAAUGUGAAGUAACUGGAGAAUGUUCUGAUAUUAGCAGUCCUAACAGUAUUCCUCAUGAAAUUUUGAGUGUGUAAUGGCUGGAAAAUGUGCUCAAGAUAUUUUAGAAAAAUAAGUUUUUUCUCUGGAGUAAAAAAAUAAAUAUUUAGUGACUAAAAAAAUUUUUAUAUAAUGUAGUAGUGCUGAAAUGAGCUCACAGGACAAUCUUAAAAUAUUUUAAAACAUCAGGAAAUAAGAUUAAAAUUUGCUGGAGGAACUUAAACCACUUCAGUGUAUUCCAUACACCCAAGUACAGAACAGUGGUUUUCAGUUAGAUGACCUGAAGACAAAAUGUUGAGGAGGGAGGUCUGUGUCAUACUGAACUAGCUAUUUUUACAGAAUUAAACAUUACUUCUGCAAUAUUAGUGUUUUCUCUGCAGAUGAUUGGAUUUUUCAGAGGGAAGUGUUGUAGUUGUAGAAGCAGUAGAAUUGUAAGCUAAAGUGUGCCGCAGGCAGGAUGCUGUUAUAAAACCUGUAUUCAACCUGCAUUCAUCUCCACCAUGGGUAAAGUUAAUGAGAUUUCUUUCCACAAUAGGGUUAGAUAAAUAUUUCUUAUUUGCUAUAGGUAGCAGAUAGAAGAUUCUGGCUUAGGUGCCCAUGUUAUGGACACUGUACAAGUAGACAUUAACUGUUCUCUUACUAAGCAGUUUUGUUAUAUGGUGUGGAUGAAGUUGACAGCUGAAGCAAUGGCAGAGAAAAAGGUUGGAGAGAACCUGUUCCUAUGGAGCUUUCUUUGAACUACUGUCAACUUGCUUUUCUCUUGGAGACUGAGCAUGUUCAUGUCAAUUGAGCAACUGUUUUCAACUUUAAAACCUCCUGCUGUAUUUGAGAUCUAAGGAAGGGAUUGUGUGCCCCAAAGAUAAGAUGUAUUGUCCAGUAAUGUCAGUUUAAGCACCUACCUCUUUCCACAAGACUUGCUUCAACUGUCUUUAUAUCACUGCAGCUCCAAAACACAUAUAUUACCAGAACAUGAAAAGAAAACUGUUGGCCAAAUGUUUAAAAAAAAAAAAUAAAAUGACAGAACAUCAAGAUGAACUACACUGCUUGAGAUAAUUUGACCAAUAUCACCGAGCAAAAUUGCAUGCAAAAAAUAUUUGGGUGUACAUUAUAGAUUGGUUCAAAAUGGUGUUAUUGUGAUAAUGCUUCCACUACAUUCAUUAGUACAAUGCGAUACUGAUCAGGUGAUCAUUUCAGUUUCUAUUAUGUUGGCAGAUGAUGUAAAAAACCAAUUGUUUUGGGUUCAGGCCUUGUCUACUUUUUUAUUCUUACUUGCAGAUACAUUUUUGUUUGAAGAGUUUAAACUUUGGGGCAAGGAAGGAGGAAGGAAGAAUGCUAUCAACAAAGCUGUAAUUGCUUUUUUGAAUUUCUGAAAAUAGCUUAAGAAGAAAAAUGUAGUCUAACUACAUUCCUCAAGUUAUAUAUCAAUAAACUAUAGAAAGCUUGAAUUGCAAACUAUUAAUCAGCACAUAGUUUGCCCUAAAGUCAUUAGGGAAAUAUGUUAUUGUAGUUAUUGACAGUGAGAAAUGGGAUUUUUGUAAUCUGUUCAGGGAUGUUUAGUGCUAGGUUUUUGAAGUUUUACUUGUCUUGCAUGUGGCUGGAUUUUGGGGGAGGGGAUUUGGCUUAGAAUGCUCCAAAGAGAACAGAGAAAUGUCUGGGGAUUAGGAUUUCCUACAGAAAGGAGUAUGCAUAUAAAAGUAAGUUUGAUCUGCUUUUUUAAGAUGUAGAAAAUGUUGGGUUGUUUUUUUUUUUUAUUUUUGUACAUCUUCAAAUGUUUGUAUUUGUAUAUUGGUUUAAAUAA